UAAAUAUUUUAGUAUAUGAGAAAGCGUAUAACAUUUGGAUGCUCCUUCGACAACACUAAAUUAUACGAAAAAAUAACGAAAAUUUUUAUAAAUCUGGAGGGUCGUUUUAAAAUUAAAGUAUGCGAUGGGCAUGAAAAGAAGCUUAAAAAAAGUAAAUUUAAAUUUAUUUUUUAA